UGUAACGGUCCCAGGAGAUCAAGGAAGAAUCAGUAUACGUCGUCUUCUGUUGCAUCUCAUCUCGUACUAACUGUCAUGGCGAUGAACAAUGGAUUCAGAUCUGCAGUGAGGCUCCUCAAUUCUUCCGACGCGGUGGUUUCAAAGUCAGUGAGCAGAGGUUUCCGUUCCACUGGGGUUAAGAGAAUGGGAGGUGGACACGGGCAUGGCCAUGACGAGCCAGAAUAUAUGCAUGCAAAACACAUGUACAACUUGGAUAAAAUGAAGAAUCGCCCCUUGAAGAUGUCCCUUGCUGUGUUCAGUGCCUUCAGCAUUGGUGUUGUUGUUCCAGUCUACGCAGUCGUUUUCCAGCAAAAGAAGACAGCUUCUGGCUAGCCGUCUGCACAUGAUUUGUUUACUUGCAGUUGGGGAACCCAGACUAGCUAUGUAAUAGUCUAGUUUAUGUGUUGCUUUAAAUCCUUGUGGUGAUAAUUUUUUUCCAUAAUUCAAUCUAGUUCUCAGUUGGGGCUUAGUUGAGAUGUUGGCGACCAUGAACUGCCGUGCUUUUGGUUUUUAAUCUCAUGAACUAUUUAUAUGGCACUUGAGUUCCAUUAAUGUGUGAAAUAACUACGACGCAGUUGAAGAUAAUGAUGGAAUUAUGAUUAAGAAAUUUUUGGAGUUCAUGUGUAGUUAACUGUGAAACAGUUUGCUGAAUUUCAUGUGAA